UCAUGCGGCAAAUUCGUGUUGAAUUGAAUAAAGUGUGCUUUUGAAAUUAAAGUUGCUCACGAGUUGUGUCAAUGGUUGUUCGCAUUAAAAAGUUGCUUGCAGCACAGCAGGUUUAGGUGUAAACAAAAUAAGUGUCCUAGAAUAGAAAUCGACCAAAUAUUUUUAUACAAGCGCGUUCUUGAACACAAGAGUAUUAUGAUUUUGUUCGCACGAUGAAUGUUUUUUCCUACCAGGAAGACGACGGUGAUGCAAGACCAAGGGGAAGAAAUGCCUACUGGUGAGGACUGAAUUAUUUUAACCUUUAAAGAUACCUGAAUGUGUAUAAUGACCACCUGUUGGACAUUUUCAUCCACAACUUUGUUUACGGAUAGCCUGAAAGACACGCUAAAAGCUCCUUGGCAACGAUGCGACCGAUGUCAUGCGAAAUGCAGCCACAACAGAAGAAAAAUUACAGUCAAACUCUGAUACGGAAAUAAUUUUUUGUUUCGAUAAAUAGAAGUAACUUUAUAAUUAUUAAAAUUUAAAGUGUCUACACUUAAAAAUUUCAAAUGCAGUUAAAAUAUUUAAGAACUUUGUUAGACGGGCAGGAACAACUCAAUCGCAUUGCUGGUCUAGCCUGGUCACCGAAUCAUCAAAAACUGGCCGUCGCCACCGCCGAUCGGCAUAUUCUGCUAUACGAUGAUGCUGGCGAACGUCGUGAUAAAUUCUCAACAAAACCGUCUAAUCCAGCCAACGGAAAAAACUCUUACGUCAUUCGCGGUCUUGCCUUCAGUCCGGAUUCCACUAAAUUGGCCGUGGGACAAAGUGAUAAUAUCGUAUAUGUAUACAAAUUGGGGGAGUCAUGGACUGAGAAAAAAGUUAUAUGCAACAAAUUUCCACAAACAAAUGCAGUUACAGCUUUAAUUUGGUUGUCGACCGGUGUUAUUAUUGCAGGACUUGACGAUGGCAAGGUGCGUGCGUUACAUUGCAAGAGCAACAAAUCUCAAAGUUUAUACUCUGCAGAGAGCAUUUGCAUUGCCUUGGCUUCAAAUACCAAAGGCACGGGCUUUCUUUCUGGCCACAAUGAUGGCACAAUUAUACGGUACUUCGUUAAUGAUGAUGCAAACGAAUCUUCGGGUCGUCUAGUACAGCAUCCCGUACCGCCUUUUGCUUUAGCUUGGCCGCAAGGCGGUUUUUGCGCAGGCGGCUGUGAUCAGAAAGUAGUUUUCUACGAUACCUUGGGGCGUUCAGUACGCACAUUCGAUUAUUCACGAAAUGAUCGAGAGAUCACUGUUGCUGCCGCUAGCCCAAACGGUCAAGCUGUGGCAUUUGGCAGCUACGACAAAGUACGCAUUUUCACAUGGAGUCCACGUUUGUCCGAUUGGAAUGAAAGUGCAACCAAAGAUAUUACUCACUUCUACACAGUCACAUGCGUACAAUGGCGUCGCGAUGGCGCACGCUUGGCAAUCGCUUCUGUAACGGGUGCAGUUAUUCUUUUUGAGUCAGUAUUGAAACGCACUAUAUGGCAAGACAAAUUUGAACUGAUUUUUGUGGCACCCAGCCAAUUGUUGGUGAAAUCAUUACAAGAGCCGGCAGAGCAGAUGACAAUCGAAUCGCAGCUCGGACUUGAGAUUGACGAUGUACGCAUUAUGGGUAAAGAUAAUUAUCUGGUUGCGCGCACAGAGGAUUCUAUGAUUUUAUGUGACCUGACACGCAACCUGGUAAGCGAAGUGCCUUGGACUACAUCGGGACGCCAUGAACGGUUCUAUUUUGAAAAUCCGAAUGUGUGCUUGAUUUUCAAUGUGGGUGAACUUAGUCUAGUGGAGUAUGGCGAUAGCACGAUCUUAGGUUCGGUACGAACGGAGUUCGUGAAUCCUCAUGUUAUAUCAGUGCGUCUCAAUGAACGUGGAAAUACGAAAAACAAUAAAAAACUCGCAUUCUUGCUCGACGCCAAAACCAUUUGCAUUGUGGACCUAAUAAGCCAGCUCAUUAUUGGUCAAGUUAAUCACGAAACCAAGAUCGACUGGAUCGAAUUAAGUGAAACUGCCCAUAAAUUAUUGUUUCGUGAUAAGAAACUCAGAUUGGUGUUAAUCGACAUAUUCACUGUUAAGAAGCAAACUCUUCUCUCCAACAUUUCGUUCGUGCAAUGGGUGCCACAAAGCGACGUAGUCGUAGCACAAAACAGUAACAACUUAGCUGUAUGGUAUAAUAUUGAUCUACCCGAGCACGUAACGCUAAUGGCCAUUCGGGGUGAUGUAAUGGAAGUGACACGUGACUCAGGUCGUACUGUGGUACGUUCUCAAGAAGGACCAACUGAGCACACAUAUCAGCUGGACGAAGGCCUAGUUGAGUUCGGCACUGCAGUGAAUGACAGUGACUUUGGGCGCGCAAUAUUCUUUCUAGAGACGCUUGGGGAUAAGCCCGCCGCAAAGGCUAUGUGGCACAAUCUGGCAGCAAUUUCUAUUGAGGAUGGGAAUCUCCGCGUGGCGCAACGUUGCUAUGCAGCCUUGGGCAUUGUUUCCAAAGCAUAUUAUUUGAAUGAAAUGAUUAAAGAAGCAGACAAAUUUGAAGAGUCCACAGGCACACCCGGUAUUAUGUGCCCAGAGGUACGUGCUAAACUUGCGUUGCUAAGCUCUGAUCUACGCACAGCAGAACGUAUUUACCUGGAACAAGGUGACAUCUAUGCAGCGCUGGAAAUGUACAAGAAACUUCGCAUGUGGGACGAAGCGGUUAAUUUAGCAGAGAGACGUGGCUACGGUGGUCUACAACAACUAAAGGAACAGCAAAUGGAGUUUCUUUUAUCAACUGGGCAAGAAGAAAAAGCCGGCCAAGUGCUGGAAGAGCAGGGAGAAGCUGAAAAGGCUUUAAAUCUAUAUUUAAAGGCCAAUAAACCAGCACGAGCGGCAAGACUGGCCAUGAAAACACCUCAUCUAAUGGACGAUCAGCAACUCAUGUUGAAAAUUACUGAAGGGUUAAUAAAUUGUGAACUGUAUGAGAUGGCAGGUGAUAUUACUUUCAAACUAUCCCGUCCAGAGGUAGCGCUAGGUUUGUACCGCAAGGGUGGCGCUUAUGCGCGUGCCCUCGACUUGGCGCGUGAAGUUGCACCAGACGAGGUCACAAGUUUGGAAGAAGAAUGGGGUGACUGGUUGGUUGCGCGCAAGCAGUUAGAUGCAUCGAUAAAUCAUUACAUAGAAUCAGGCGCCACACAGAAGGCACUAGAAGCUGCAGUUGGCGCCAAACAAUGGCGCAAAGCAGUGCAAAUAGCAAAGGUGCUCGAUGAACCAGCAGAAAUUCAACGCUAUGCCCUAGACCUGUCCAAACAUUUGGCCUUUGCUGGAGAUGUUGAUGGUGCCGAAGACUUGCUCGUGCGCGCCAACAUGUUCAAAGAAGCUAUCGAGUUGCUCAAUCGGCAUGGCAAGUGGGAAAGGGCUUACACGAUUGGGGAGAAAUAUCUACAAGCUGAAGAAAUGCGAGAUUUGUUUGUCAAUUUGGCUGAGAGCUUGGAAGAGCAAGGAAAGUAUCGCGAUGCGGAAAAAGUGUUAUUGGCUGUAUCCGAGCCAGAUCUGGCGAUCGCAAUGUACAAACGACGCGAACUAUAUGAUUCUAUGAUACGUCUGGUCGAACGAUUUCACAAGGAACUGCUUGAUACAACUCAUUUACACUUGGCAAGGCAACUAGAAGCUAAAGGAAAGUUCAAAAUCGCUGAAGUCCACUUCAUAGCCUCGGGCGACUGGAAGUCGGCCGUGCAUAUGUACUGCUCAUCUGGUCGUUGGGAAGAUGGUUAUCGUGUGGCUAAACAGAAAGGCACAGAAGGUGCAAGCAACCAGGUAGCUUACAUGUGGGCGAAGUCGAUGCCGAUCGAGAGUGCUGUACGCUUGCUAACCAAGCUUGGUUUGCUAGACACUGCUGUAGGCUUUGCAUGCGAUUCUGGGCAAUUUGAUUUCGCCAUGGAUCUUUGUCGAUUGUCCGGUAAAUCCACCGAUGAGGUUCACAUGAAAAUCGCUAUGUCUUUGGAAGAUGAAGGCAAGUUCGAGGAAGCUGAGGCUGAGUUCCUCAAAGCCAGUAAGCCAAAAGAGGCCAUACUAAUGUACACGCAUGCAGGUGAUUGGAAAGCGGCUCUAAACGUAGCCGAGUUACAUAUGCCAGAGGCAGUGAGUGAUAUAUUGAUUGGACAAGCGUCUGCUGCAUUAGACACACGUAACUAUCCCGAUUAUGAGGCAUUACUGAUUCGUGCACAACGUCCCGAUUUGAUAAUUGAACAUUACAAGAACGAGGGUAUGUUCGAUGAGGCACUGCGCAUAGCCGAGGAGCACUACCCUUCAGCAAUGAACGAUUUACGCCGUUUGCAAGCACAGGAGCAACGCCGUAAUAUCGAACGCUUUGAUGAUUCGCGCGCUUAUUUACAGAAAGCAGCUGAAUUCGCCAAGCGUGAGGAGUUUCGCAAAGCCGCCGAAUGUCUCAUGCAAAUCGACUCAGCAAAUACAGACGAUGUGACCGCUGUGGAACGCGCUCUGGUAAGAGCGGCCGAAAUAUGUAAUCAAUUUUUGGAGGGCAAAGAUGCAAUCGAAGUAGCAACGCAGCUUGGGCCCCGCCUAUUGCAAAUCAAACAAAUCGGUCCAGCCGCCCAGCUGUAUUUAGCCGCUGAUAUGCCCAAAGAGGCUGUAGAGGUAUUCAUACGCGCCGAGCAAUGGUCAAAGGCGCGGCGUUUAGCUAAGGAACUAGACCCCGAGCUAAUGACCUACGUGGAGCAGCAGCAAAAGUCGCGGCUCAAGACCGAAGGCAACGUAGAGCAAUUGGCUGAUAUAGACAUAAUGAGCGCUUUGGAUAUGCUAGCCGAACAAGGUCAAUGGCUUCGUUGUAUCGAUAAGGCCAAACAAAUCAAUCUAGCGGUUUUACAGAAAUACGUCGCUCUUUAUGCCGCCCAUCUUAUACGCAAAGGUGACUGUCUGACUGCGUUGAACCUCUAUCUUACCUAUGGGGCACCACCAAUGGAGGCCAAUUUCAACAUUUACACUCGAAUAGCAAUGGAUUGUUUUGCUUUGCGCGAGGAGCAGGCCAAGGAAGAUCAGUGGAGAAACUUGCGCGAUUUCCUAUACAAACUACUGAAGUCACUGCAAUCCUCUGAGCACGCACAAUCACAAAUUAUCAACAAUAUUGACAAAUUUUUGAUAAUUAGUCAUUAUUACGCUGUGCGUUCCGCUUGUAGGCCUGUACAGUCCUUACACCCGAUUGCUGCUCGUAUUUCCAUUGCUCUGCUGCGCUACACGGAUAUAAUACCGGUGGAUAAAGGUUUCUAUGAAGCUGGAAACGAUUUGCGCAAUGCUGGUCGUGAGGCAGAAGCUUUUGUUAUGCUCAACCAUUACCUGGACGUGUGCGAAGCCAUUGAGGAAGGUUCUGGACACCUUGUAGAUCAUUCUGAUUUGGCAGCUACAGAUUUUCCAAGUUCAGUACCAUUGCCGGAAGACUUGCAUCUAAAGAACGAUCCCAAUCUACAUGAAGAAAUACGCGAAUGGGUGCUAGCGAUAAGCAUGGAUCAGCAGGUGGAUCAGGUGCUACCUACCGAUGACCGUGGACUAUACGAGUCAGCUUUAGGACUAGACGAACAACCUUGUAUACUGAGCGCUUACCCUGUACGUAGCCGACAGCCCGUCACUUUUCAGUCGUCGAUUCGCCAAGCUAAUCGUGACGUUUGGAGCAAAUUUACUGUAGCACUCAAGAUGUCGCCUGGCAGCAAAGUGGCAGACAUAAUCGCAUUCGUUGAAAAGUGGAAUGGUCAGGCCAAUUCUUCUAUGCAUUAAACAGGAAUUAAUAUCACAUUUUUACGUAAGCUUAAUACGCCAAUCGUGUUUUCUCACUGCACAAUUUGCAAUAUUCUUGACAUACCCUACAUACUUAGGGGCUUUAUUUAUUUAUUUUAAGCUCAAAUAUAAGGCUAAAAAAAUAUAAAGUGAAUCAAAUUUCUUUCGGAACGUUUCCCCACAAUUUUUAAGGUUAUGGGGGCCAAAAAUAUGAUCUCACUUGGCUAGGGACCAAAGCAUAAAAGAAAUUCCAGCAACUAACAAACGAACCGCCCACCCAAAUUAGUCGCUACAAUGGUACUUCAUGGUUCCCAAUUCUUCUGUGCACUUACCAUAAGAGUAACAAUCAGAAACAGGACAGAUUAAAAAGUUAACGUUACCAAGAUUAAAUAAAAUAGCCAGGGCUAAUACAGUCUAAAAUGUGUAUACUUCCACCAAAGCGGAUAUCAGACAGAUUUCUUAAUUAAAGUAGAGGGGAUUUUACAUGCACAUCGAACAUUCCCACUUUUUCGGAAAUACUAUUUUAUUCAUUGAAUUCUCUGAAUCAGCUUUCCGUAGCGCAAAUUGCCAUCACAAUUUUCCAAAACUUUAUUAGCAUUUUUUGGCUCUAUAUCAUGCUCUCCAUCAUCAUCCUUAUGCCACGAUAACGCGAGUUUCACGAGGCAUUUGAAGCUCUCCGUCUGCGAUGAGUAGUAGUUGGACUCCGGAUUCGGCAGGGGGGCGGAGCUUCGGAAGUUUAUCAGACUCAGCUCAAUGUCUGUCUAUGUAAUGUCUGCUCCAGUACAUGUGUCCGGUCCGGAAUCUCGUCAGUGUAGUUUAAGAGAUACCACCUGACUCACCUGGGAGCAUAGUAACCUCGUUAUGAAGUUGCCCUGAUGGCAGUAUUCUGACUACCUUGGAGUGGUCUGCAUAAUUCAGAACCAGUCGGCUAAUUGCUCAAAUGUCGUCGGCAACAUUUAUAUUUUCUUGCCUCAGGUGGCAUCGGAUAGCGACUUGAGGGUCUUGUUGAGACUUUCUAUGUAGUGGCAAUUUCGGUUGUAUCUGCCGAGAAGGGAACAAAUUAUUAAUGUGGCCCUAAAUAAUUUGGGGUUGUUUACAUCCGGUUUUGGUUUCUCGUCGACUGUAACCUUUUGCUGCAAUUCGUCUAGGUGAUAAAGCGAGAAAGACUGGAGGGAUAGUCGUUCACUUUCGAACACUUUGGAUUCGUAUUCAAAUUUAUAUACACAUUAACAUAGCAUUUUUAGCUUUUAUUCUAGGCGUUGUAGCUUUCAGCACUUUAAUAACUUCAUGCUAAAACUUCGACUGAAGUUAAAUUUUGCCUCCAAUGAAACAAAGAUUUCAAAGAUAAAUACCUUACUUCAAGUACAUAACCAAAUGUUAAAUCGAAAACUUUGAAAUAAAAAAACGAAUACUCAUUUAU